AUUUGUCUAACCUCAAAAAUGAUCAUGGGAGCAGAGGGUUUUGGUACAAAAUCUGUGAAUUCGAAAACUUAUGCAAAUAUGGGGUUGAGUGAAUAUGAUAGAGGAGAUAAAGGAAAUCCGAAGAUUCUAUGGAUUGUAGCAUCAGUUGUUGAGAGGUCAGUUCAAAAGAAUGAGAAGGCAUUGAAGGGAUCGAAUAAGAGAGGUGUUGUGACUGUCUUCCAUGGGACAAGAGCCCCUGUUUUGACUGUUCAGCAGUACAUUGAGCGCAUUUUUAAGUACUCCAACUGCAGUCCUUCCUGUUUCGUGGUUGCAUAUAUAUAUUUGGAGAGAUUCCUCAGUCUGACUCAUUGUUUACUCACCUCUCUUAAUGUUCACCGGCUUCUCAUCACUAGCACCAUGUUGGCUGUCAAGUUUGUAGAUGAUGACUGCUACAACAAUGCUUAUUAUGCAAAAGUAGGAGGAAUAACCACAACAGAACUGAACAAGCUGGAGAUGAAAUUCUUGGAAGCCCUUGAUUUCCGACUCCACGUAAGUGUUGAGAACUUUGAUAAGUACUGCUUGCAGCUAGAGAAAGACACCACUGAGAAAUUACAGAUUGAUCGACCUCUCCGAAUUUUUGCAUGGGGAAAGGGUUUGGUAAACAAGAACAUAUCAAAUUGUUCACCUACAGUUGGAGGAUACACUUGUAGAGCUUUCUAGGGUGUAGGGAUCCAAAUCCAAUG